UCUUUCUCUUUGACACCAUGUCUGAAAUCCCACGCGAUCUGUCAAAUACUAAUGCAUGAAAAUCCUAACCUCAAAAAAAUCACCCUUUAUAUAAAAGCAAAAGAAAUAAACAAAUGAAGUGAAACAUUAAUCAACCAGAAAACUAUGAAUUUGAGUAAACUAGAUUGUUUGAUUUGCCUGGGCUCAUAUUUGAUGGGCCCCAAUUGCAUAGCUGUGGAAUCGACGCAGUGGUCAGAGCUGGAUAUAACUAGGAUAAUGGAGAAACAUUUAUGGUCCAUUAAACCCAGAACAUUAUCGUCCUGUGUGUGCGCUGAUUGUUGGCAGGAGUUGAAUAGAUUUCAUCUGUUUUAUACUCGAGUUGAGGAAGCCCACAUCAAUAGGGACCUAUCUGUAAAGAACGAAAUUAUAGAAGAUCCCUUGCUAGAGGAACCUUUGCAAGAGGACCUAAAGCCUUUCGAUCUUUGUAUAUUAGAGCCGAAAAUUGAGAUUGAAAGCUUAACCAGUCCAGUCCAGAUUGAAGAUGAAUCCAACAAGAAAGCUCAAAUGGAUGUUGAACACAAAGACAUGGAAAAAAAUUUUGGUUUGAUUUUUGAAAACAAAAACAUCGACAAUGAAAUGGAUUGUGAAAGCAGCAGUUAUUCAAAAAUCGUAAGCUCCUCAAACACUGAAGAGAAUAAUUUGCAUAAAACCAAACGCAUCGCGAAGGGAAAAGGAAGUGCUAUUGCAAAGAUAAAAAUACCUAAAUACAAAUUAGCCAAGUCUGAUGAUUUCCUUAAGAAACAUUUUGAAAUGAUAUGCCACAUAUGCCAACAAAAAUUUGAAGAAUUUCGUUUACUCUGUAACCAUUAUGAUACCGAGCACAACCAACAAGGCUAUGCAUUAUGUUGUGAGAGAAAAUUUUUCGAACGUCAAACCUUAGUAGACCAUAUUCAUUACCACCUAAACCCGGAGUACUUCAAGUGUAAAGUUUGUAACAAAUCAUGGAAAAGUAGGCUUGCACUGUCCAAUCACUUCAAGAUUCACAAAGAGAAAAAAUAUUGUUGCGAUAUAUGCGAUAGAAGAUUUGUCGAAGGCCAUCAGCUGGAAGCACAUAAGGCCACUCAUGUGCCAAAGUCGGAUAAAAAAUUCCCCUGCAAUGAGUGUGGUAAAUUCUAUGCCACCGCGUUAAUACUUUAUAGGCACCAGAAAGCUGUACAUCUCAAAAUAUAUUCAAAAAUUUGCGAUAUUUGUGGACAAACUUUGCCAGAUUCGUCGUCUUUUAAGAUUCACAUGAAGAAGCAUGCUGGUAUAUCGAUAACCGAAAAAUGCGAUGAUUGUGGUAUUACUGUGGCAAAUAAAAGUGCUUUGAAGUUACACAAGAAAGAAAAGCAUCUAAAUACUGAAAAGACUGAACACAAGUGCCACAUCUGUUCAAAGAUAUCACCUACGUUGCGAGCCCUUAAGAAGCAUAUACACGAAGUUCACGCAAUGAGCUACCAGUUUAAAUGUACAUUAUGUAGCAAGGAGUUUAAAAGGGCUGAUAAUUUUAAGGAUCACAUGUCUAGGCAUACCGGCACUCCAAUGUAUUGCUGCCCUUGGUGCCCAAAAACAUUCAACUCCAACGGUAAUAUGCAUCAACAUCGGAAAAAAAUCCAUCCGAUUGAGUGGGCAGAGGAACGAAGUAAAAAGGUUACGUUUUAGGCCCUAUGGAAAAAGUUCAUCAGUUCUGCUUUUGUUGUUCCAAGCAAUGCUGCAGCACUAUGUACGCAUGGAAAGUGUCGAUUUCUACAUUCUAUAUAAAGAAAGUCUUAGUUUUAAUUAAAUACAGCAAAGAGAAAUAGACAAUGAAGAGUUUGUAGAAAUUUUAGAAAAUA